AUCAUUGGUAACUUUAAAAGAAAAAACUAAAUAAAAAAAGAAAAUGGAAAGAAAUUAGAAAAACAAAUUCCUAAAACCCUAUUCUAAAACCCUCGGCAGUUGCUCCAAUGGUGUAACGAGAAAAAUGGCAACCUGUCUCAGCCGUCUCCUUCGCCGCAAAACGCCGCCGGAAAUAGCUGUUUUCUCCACGCGCCGCUCUCUCUCGACAAACACAGCCUCCUCCCCUUCGAAGCUCCGCUCCGAGUACAACUUCAUCUCCCCUCCCUCUCUCCACCCGCAGCCCCCCGAUAAGAGCUCCAAUUUUCAACCCAAACCCGAAUCCCGGACCCGGAAAAGAUCCAAACCCCCUUACCGCCCGCCAUCGUCACUGGAUCGGCCCGACCCGCAGAUCAGAUCCGAGCUGCCGUUUGAUUUCCGGUUCAGUUACACAGAAAGCAACACGAAAGUCCGGCCCAUCGGGCUGAGGGAACCGAAGUAUUCGCCUUUCGGGCCGGGCCGACUGGACCGGGUAUGGACCGGUGUCUGUGCCCCUGCUGUGGACCCGAAAGUGGGGUCUCCCGGAGUUGAUGGUGAGUUGGAGGAGAAGAGGAGAGAGAUGAGAGAGAGAGUUCAGGGUGUGCCUUUGACUAAUGCUGAGAGGAAGGCCAUUGUUGAGAGGUUUCAGAGGCCUAAAGUCAAGAUGCAGAUUAAUUUGGGGAGGGAUGGUUUAACACACAACAUGCUGGAUGUUAUUCAUAAUCACUGGAAACAUGCUGAAGCCGUUAGGAUAAAGUGUAUGGGAGUACCUACUGUUGAUAUGAAAAAUAUAUGCGCUCAGUUGGAGGACAAAACAUUCGGGAAGAUUAUCAAUAGGCACGGUGGCCAACUUAUACUUUAUAGAGGUAGGCAUUAUAAGCCAAGCAAAAGGCCCGUGGUUCCACUUAUGCUGUGGAAGCCUCAAGAGCCGGUGUAUCCAAGGCUUAUAAAAACUACCAUUGAAGGCUUAAGCAUCGAGGAAACAAAAGAGAUGAGGAAAAGAGGGCUAUCCGUCCCUGCCUUAACUAAACUUGCUAAAAAUGGCUAUUAUGGCAGUCUUGUGCCCAUGGUUCGGGAUUCUUUUCUUUCUGAUGAGCUGCUCCGGAUAGACUGUAAAGGCCUCCCGAGAAGUGAUUACAAGAAAAUUGGCUGCAAACUGAAGGACUUGGUUCCUUGCAUUCUCGUUACGUUUGAGAAGGAGCAGAUUGUCAUAUGGAGGGGUAGAAACUAUAAGCCAGCAGAGGGGGGUUACUUCCUCACAGAGAGGGAAUCAUUCGACAAUCCAAGCGAUGAUGCAUCAGAUGAGGCACGUGGAAACGAGAGUGCUGACUAUGAGCAAGUUGGGGCCGGUUUUGAUUCCGGUGAUUCGGAUGAUGAGUAAUGAACACAAACAUGAUCUAUUCUCCAAGAACCAUGAUUCUCCAACCUCAGUGAUGAAAGAUGAGCUAAAACGGCAGAUGGUAAUGAAUUUUUCCAACACUUACUAAGAAUCUCUCUCUCUCUCUCUCUCUCUCUCAGAGAAUGAUGCACACAAGUGAAGAAACACAGAUGCAUUUUACAUUUUGGGUGCAAUGAUCAGAUAAUGCACUGCACAUGAUCUGUUUUGUUAGAUUGGUGAGAUAGUAUAUAGUAUCUAUCGAUCUUAUAGUAUAAUGUUAUUUUUAUAUGUAUAGAUACUAGAUAGUAAUGAAAUUGACUAUUUUUAUGAAGACAAUUUCAAGUAUAUAUAUAUUGUAUUUUUUGCUUGUGCA